AUGGCGUCUGCAGGCUCAGAUAAGGACAUUGAGAAUAAAAAAGAUCCGGCUGGCAUUAUAGCCACUGCAUCCAUCGACGAUAUCCAGGCCGAGGCCCGCAUUGCUGCCGAUGAAGAACAUGGCCGCGGCUUUUGGCAAGCCGUCAGGCUCUAUCCGUCCGCUGUCUUUUGGUCACUCUUCUUCUCCCUGGGUGUGAUCAUGUGUGCCUUUGAUCCACAGCUGCUGGGUCAACUCUACGCGACCCCGAAGUUUCAGAAAGAUUUUGGAUAUCUCUACGAAGGCAACUGGAUCAUCUCCGCACCAUGGCAGACGGGAUUGUCGAUGGGGUCUCCUAUCGGCCAGGUUGUAGGCGCCUUCUGUGCCGGCUACCCUAUGGAAUGGUUUGGCCGCAAGAAGACAUUCGGAGCGUGCGUAAUCUUCACCACCGGUUUUAUCUUCAUACAAUUCUUCGCAAGAUCAUUACCAGUCUUGCUUGCGGGAGAACUCUUAGGUGGCUUAGUGCUUGGAUCAUACGCUGUCAUCGCUCCAGCUUAUGCUUCUGAAGUCUGUCCGCUAGCUCUACGAGGUGUCCUCACCUCUUGCACCAACAUAUGCUUUGUUACAGGCCAGUUGAUCGCUAAUGGAGUUAUCGCUGGUACGCAAAGACUUGAUAGCCAUUGGGCGUAUAGUGCUCCAUUCGCAGCACAAUGGGUGUGGCCACUCGUCAUAUUGAUCGGCCUACCAUUUGCUCCGGAGAGCCCGUGGUGGCUUCAGCGUCAAGGCCGAUUCGAAGAUGCGGAAAAGGCUCUCAUGCGAUUGGCAUCGUCCAAGGUUGAUGUCAAGCCAACGUUAGCGAUCAUUAUCGAAACCGACAGACUUGAGAGGGAGCUCGAGACGGGCACGACGUACCUUGAUUGUUUUAAAACGAUCAACCUACGUCGGACCGAGAUAGCAAUUGGCGUCUAUACCAUACAGGUUCUAAGUGGUAUUUAUUUAGUUGGCUAUGCGACGUACUUUUUCACGCUUGCUGGUUUGCCGACGGACGAAGCAUUCAAUAUGGGCGUAGGAUUUCUGGCUGUAGGAUUUGUCGGAACCUGCUGUUCCUGGGUUCUACUGGUCCAUUUUGGGAGGCGAACCAUCUACAACUAUGGCCUCGCAACGUUGGCUGUUCUCCAAUUCAUUAUUGGUAUCCUUGACUGCGCACCCAACUAUGAAAAUCGGCCUUCGAUUGCUUGGGCCGAAUCAGUCCUCAUGGUUAUCUGGAACUUCAUUUACGACAUAUCAAUCGGCCCGGUAUGCUUUGUAUUGCUUUGCGAGGUGUCGGCCACCAGAGUCCGUGGCAAAACCAUCGCGAUUGCAACAGCGGCCCAGGCCUUGGCGGGUAUUGUCAUGACUGUCGCUAUUCCAUACAUGAUCAAUGCCGAUCAAGCCAACAUGCGAGGCAAAUUGGGCUUCUUCUUUGGUGGACUGGCGAGUCUUUGUCUUCUCUGGGCAUACUUCAGGGUCCCGGAAUUGAAAGGAAGGACGUACCAGGAAGUCGACAUAAUGUUCGAGCGCGGCGUCAAAACCCGCGAAUUCAAGAACUAUGUGGUCAGCAGAGAAUGA